UCUGUUGUUGAGUAUCAUCGAGUUUGUGUGUAAAGUUAAACAUGGUCAGAUGUUUAUCCUGUGGAUGCACAAAGACCAGCAAUCUUUCCUUUCAUAUGUUCCCUAAGAACGUUGAACAACGGCAAGCCUGGUUAAACUUUUUAGGGCAAAAUGAAUCUUCGUUAAUGUGUUCAUCGGGCCUUUGCUCUUACCAUUUUGCUCCCGAAUGUUUCGUUGAUAAUUUACUUCAACCGGAUGCCAUUCCAACCAUCAAAAAAGACCCAAGUUUAUGUAAUAAAAACUCCAGACAAAAUAUAAUCAGAAGGAUUCCUGUAAUAAAUACAUCUGAUGCGGUGGAUCCGCGGACUACUUCAAUUGGAAACACUGUUCAAAACUACAAUACAGAUUCCUUAAACGCAAAUUGUGAAACUACCAGCGCGACGGACUAUCAAAAUGAAUCCCCGGAUGCCAAUAAACUUCCAACAGUCCUAAAACCACGUUUCAGAAUUGUGGAGGGUCGGUCAAAAGUUAAAAAAGUAAAACGGGCAUCAAACGUUACUAAAAGAACAAUCAUACAAAAUAAACUUUCAAUAGCCGAAGCAGAAAAUUGCAUCAUGCCAGUCGUGUUUAAACCUCCUCAGAAUUCAAUUCUGUUGGCACCCUCUAAACCGAACGUAGAAGACCACUUUUUUUUCGCCCUCUACGAAAUGUGCUUCUCCACCGAUAUAUCAAUCGAAAAGCUGGACCAUCCCAUGUUCAAAAAGUUCAUAACGACCUUCUGUAAUCGGACCAUAGAGUGGGAACCGUCGAGACGUCGCGAUCGGAUUAUGAGCAUGCGGCAGGCCUGUCUCAUACGCUUGAGGUCCUUCUUGACCAACGAGAGACGGUCGUUGUGGCUGGGGCUGAACCAAACGUACAGGGGCCAGAAGAGGUUCUUGAACGUCACAGUUGGCACGUUAAACAGUGCCAUGCCAAGCCAGAGUCACCUGUUGUUGUCCAAAGAAAUACAAGAAAUUUCGAUUCAGGAGAUAAUAAAACAAGGGAUUAAAAAUGCAGGAAUUGAGGACUACGUGAGCAAAAAUCUCAUGAUGGUGAUUACCGACACUUCGGAUGAGAUCAUUGGUAUUGGUGCUCAGAUGUCGAAGGAGUAUAAAGUUAGACAUGUUAAGUGUUUCGUUCAUGUGUUGGAGACGAUUGCAGAAUGCGUCUUGGAUGAGUUUGAGGAUGUGAUGGAUGUUGUCUUGCAUACACCCCGCUUACUCAACAAACACGCCAAAGGUCGAAUGUAUAAGCCUCCUCAGUCUCUCGGCUCAAAACUGAGCAGCUGGAUAUCCGCAGCUUGCUUUUAUUGUGAUCAUUUCGAUGUCACAAAACAGUUAGUCCAAAGCUUCGAAACAACCGUUCCGAACGUGGCAAGGGUUAAAAAAAUUUGGGGAGAUGAUAACUUAAAAUUAAGGCUAGAAACGUUCAAAACGUACACUAAAGUCAUUCCAGUGACUGUAAAUAUGUUGGAGAAUAGGAAAAUUGGCUUUCAAAAUGCGAUUGUGCAAUUUGAGACAGCACUGGAGACUCUAAGUAUGUUCAGUUGGAGUGAUGAUCUUCAACGUCAUCUGAAAAGCGUCAAGGAUGAUGAAUAUUUCACUGUCUUGCGAAAAAUUGCGAUGGAGUUGGAUAACACGACUGAAUCGAACAUGGCUGUGUUUAAGUAUGCUCCCGUUGCUAUUUCCAGCUUGGGGAGCAUGAGGGGGGUACAUACGAACUGUGAGUUAUGGGUUUCAAAUUGUAGUUAAAUUCAAUUAAUUUAUUUAGAUUGUAAUUUAGAUUUAUUGAAUUCAAAUACGUUAUUCCAUAAAAAUCUUUUAUAAUUGUAUUUAAGCUUUAAAAGGUUCAAGAAAAAGUGGUUUUUAUAAGCAAUAUUUUUACCCUAGAAAUAUUUAGAAUUAUAGCAGAAUAUAUCUGAUUUUAUUUCUUAUGAUUUAAAUAGUUUCAAAAUAUUUAUUAUAUUUAAUUACAGGUGUGCCUUUUUAUGAUA